GUGUGUUCUGCUACUUGUGUGCCAGCCUGGACCAGCUCACAGACAGCCCCACCUGUCUUGCUUGGGCUGCUUGGUGCUGCUCUCUCAGGGCCUCUGAGCAUCUCUGAGUUCUCCGUGUGUAUUGGAAUGGUAACCUUGUCAGCCACAGACUGCUACAUCGUGCACGAGAUCUACAAUGGCGAGAAUGCCCAGGACCAGUUUGAGUACGAGCUGGAACAGGCCCUGGAAGCCCAGUACAAGUACAUUGUCAUCGAGCCCACCCGAAUCGGUGACGAGACGGCACGCUGGAUCACCGUCGGCAACUGCCUGCAUAAGACGGCUGUGCUGGCUGGCACUGCCUGCCUCUUCACCCCGUUGGCACUUCCCUUAGAUUAUUCCCACUACAUCUCCUUGCCCGCUGGUGUGCUGAGCUUGGCCUGCUGCACCCUCUAUGGGAUCUCCUGGCAGUUUGACCCUUGCUGCAAGUACCAAGUGGAGUAUGAUGCCUAUAAACUGUCUCGACUGCCUCUGCACACACUCACCUCCUCUACCCCGGUGGUGCUGGUCCGGAAGGACGACCUGCACAGAAAGAGACUGCACAACACGAUAGCACUGGCCGCCUUGGUGUACUGUGUAAAGAAGAUUUACGAACUCUAUGCUGUAUGACUCCAGUGAACAGUGAGAGGAACGGAACCACACAGCCCUCGAGAGCCAAGAGGACACAAAGGAUUUGGAUUGCCGCAGUAACACUUUUUGCUCUGUGAGGCAGUGGAGCCUGGGAAGGUGUUUGGUUUAAUAUUUGUUAUUUUUUAAAAAAGAACACAGAUCAUGGGUGUACCAAGGGUUUUUUCAGCUUAUUACAAAAUUGUGAUUUCCAUGACCCUGGAGGGGGUCUGGGGCUAUGGAAGUCUAACUGGGCAGUGGACUGGAUAGAAGCCAACGCUGCUGAGGGGUGUGAACGCGCUUGGGGGUCUUUAAGUGUAUUGUUUAACUGUACCAUUUGGAGCCAACCAGAAGCUACCAACCAUUAAAAUUACAAGCAUUUCAA